ACAGAAAAUGCAGAGAGCUCUCCAACAUAUAUUGAGAUUUCUACAGAAGAAACUGAAGUAACAGAAGCAACUGAAGAAAGUGAAGUAACAGAAGAAACUAAUGUAACAGAAGAAACUAAUGUCACAGAAGAAACUAAUGUAACAGAAGAAACUCAUGUAACAGAAGAAACUGAAGUAACUGAAGAAACAACUGACCCACCUACGUCCACAACAGAGGAACUAGAAACCACUGUCGAACCAAUAGUUGUAUGUGAUGAGGGAGUCGCAUUCCUGCCAGCGCCUGAGUGCACUGAUUACUACAUGUGUCUACAUGGAGUGGGCAUCUUGAAAUCAUGUCCAGACGGUCUCUACUGGGAUCCCAGAUGGAGCACCUGCAAUUGGAACUCAGCAGGUUGCAAUAACGAGUUACCGGAAUACCAAUGUGAAGACGGUAUUGACUUUCUGCCUGUGGAAUCAGAUUGCACUCGGUACAUUCAGUGCGUUCACAAUAGUCCAAUACAGAUGACAUGUCCAGCUAAUCUCCUUUGGAAUCAGCCACUUCGAAGAUGUGACUAUGAAUGUGAAAUUUAGAAAUAUCCUAAAUUU